UUCAGUAGACUCGGCCAUUUCUCUUACGAAGCGUAGCAACUCGUUCGGCCGCGACAUUUUUUUCCCACUGACGACCGUGCGGGUAUUCCCGGAAGCUUUGCAAAAUAACGCGACGCAAAAGGAUGAUACACUCCGGGCGCACCAGGCUCGAGAAAAAAGUAAGUCGCGUGGGCGUAGGAGGAGGGGGCCAGGUCGGGCAAGGGGUGCAACCGGUCGAGGAGUCUGGUGCAAGUGGUCAGUGGUGGAGACAACAGCAUCCAUCGUAUCAUCAUCAUCAUCAUCACCAACACCAUCACCAUUAUCACCAUCAGCCCGGUUAUUACACGUCGCAAUCGCACACUCACAACAAUCCUGUCACUACCAUGAAGCAGUCUUACAUGCAGCUAACAUGGGUGUUUCAUGACGACGAGGCGCAGAUAAAUAAGAAACUGCCAAAAGAAUUGCUGCUUAGAAUUCUCUCGUAUCUGGAUGUGGUGUCGCUAUGCCGGUGCGCGCAAGUAAGCAAAGCCUGGAAUGUAUUGGCGCUAGACGGAUCCAAUUGGCAGAGAAUCGAUCUCUUCGAUUUCCAACGAGAUGUGGAGGGAUCAGUUAUAGAGAAUAUAUCAAGACGAUGCGGCGGUUUCCUGAGGCAGCUGUCCCUCAGGGGAUGCCAGAGCAUCGGGAAUAAUUCCAUGCGCACGUUGGCUCAGUCAUGUCCCAAUAUCGAGGAGCUGAACCUGAGCCAGUGCAAAAAGAUCUCAGACGCCACCUGCGCGGCUCUCAGCAGCCACUGUCCGAAACUCCAACGAUUGAACUUGGACUCGUGCCCCGAGAUAACGGACAACUCCCUGAAGGAUCUCUCGGAUGGUUGUCCGCUUCUCACUCACAUCAACCUGUCCUGGUGCGAAUUGCUUACCGACAAGGGAGUCGAGGCGUUGGCGAGGGGCUGCCCAGAACUCCGCAGCUUUCUGUGCAGAGGCUGCCGCCAGUUGACGGACAGGGCUGUCAAAUGUCUGGCACGUCGCUGCCCCAAUUUGGAGGCGAUCAAUCUACACGAAUGCAGGAAUAUAACGGACGACGCAGUCAGAGAACUGAGCGAACAGUGUCCGCGACUGCAUUACGUCUGCCUGUCGAAUUGUCCUAAUCUGACGGACGCAUCCCUGGUCACGCUGGCGCAACAUUGUCCACUCCUCAGUGUCCUCGAGUGCGUCGCCUGCACACACUUCACCGACGCAGGUUUUCAGGCUCUCGCGAAAAAUUGCAGACUACUCGAGAAGAUGGACUUGGAAGAGUGCCUUUUAAUAACAGACGCCACCCUCAUUCACCUGGCCAUGGGCUGUCCGAGAUUGGAGAAACUGAGUCUAUCGCACUGUGAGCUGAUCACCGAUGAAGGCAUCCGGCAGUUGGCUCUCUCGCCGUGUGCGGCGGAACAUCUGGCGGUGCUGGAACUGGACAACUGCCCCCUUAUCACAGAUGCCAGCCUCGAUCACCUUCUACAGGCCUGCCACAAUCUCGAACGCAUCGAGCUGUACGACUGUCAACUGAUCACCAGAGCUGGCAUACGUAGACUCAGAACACAUUUGCCCAACAUCAAGGUCCACGCGUACUUCGCACCCGUAACACCCCCGCCGAGUGCGGGCGCGUCUCGGCAACGAUACUGCCGGUGCUGCGUCGUUCUGUGAUUCCGCAUUCAAGUGACUCUGAUGUAAAUCGUCCGACGUACCACGCUAACGGUGGACAUUGUUUUGGUGAUCGCUGUGUUGCGGCGAUUGUGGGACCUUCUUCUCUUCUCUGGUUCGCCAGGCCGAGACUCCGGCUGGCCGCCUGCGUCGUCAACAGUAAGAGAACGAGCCUCGUCGUGAAUAAUCACGAAAUCCUUCGUGAAAUCUGUUCGAGCUACACACUCAACGAGUACAGUACAUCACAGUCAUUCACACGGUACAGAUACACGCGCGCAUACAUACAAACACGUACACACAUAUACACAGACACAGCCGCUACUGCAAUCAACUACUAUUAUCGCUGCUACUCUACCACUAGCCCGGUACCUAUAUACGCCGCUGUUGAACACUGUUUCGCGGUCGUUUAUCGUUUCUACUCGGAAAGACUCACACGUUGUUUAUCGAUAGCGCGCGUAAUCGCUGUCGUAAUUGUUCGCCUCGCUACGUGCGUCGAAACGAAGUUUCGCGAAGGAAAGAAAUUCCAGGCACUCGCUCUGGGGAUCGCUUACUCUUCUCGGUCACUCGUUAUAUACCGACACACCGCGACUAAAACAUGCAUAGCCGAGUGUCGUGCACGCGUCUCAUAAACGCUCCGCUCCUAAAACGGGCCGACGUCUAUCGGACCAGCCCGUAUUUCUCGCGGUUGGAUGUUCCACCCGAUGCGUAAACAAAUGAAUAAUGGAAAAACGACAACCAUAUGUAUAUAUAUAUACACACACACACACACAUAUAUUUUUUUAGUCAAUGCAUCCUCUCUUCUGCUAUAGACGCUACUAUCGAAGAGAAACGCAGCGAUCCGUUCCGAACGACGAUGGGCGUCGCGUAAUCACGUCCAACGUCAGACUUUUCGAACACCGGGGAAUGUUGAUCCCAUUCGAACGUCUUUCGCGUUAACGUAGCCACUCGGUUUCCAAUCGAUAGACUGCUUUAUGCAUUCAUGACAUUUAAUCUUAUGGAAAAUAUAUGCCAAAUGUCGUCUCCGGAAUAUAUGCACUUAUACUAAAUGAAACAUUCAUAGUACUGUUACUUUCUGAAAUAGAGUCCUUUUUUAAAUAGACUUCCUUGUAACACAGUUCAUACGUUACGGGUUCUAUGAAAUCACGUUAUAGGAAAUCGUGUUAUACGAGAAUUUUCCUCGUAUAAGCAAAUAAUUUAACACGUGACCGUGACAAAGAACAAAAUAAACAAAAAUUGGUAGCGAUUUAGAUAACAAAAUAAAUUGGAAAAACGUGAAAUUUACGCAUCCAAAUAUACAACACACUAUAAAUCAUCGCAAUAUCUGUAGCGCGCGAUAAAGACUCGUGUUAUAAUCGAGGUUAACGUACAUUCUAUAUUCAUUUUGCAGGUGUUUUUCAUGUUAACAUGUCAUAAAUGCAUAAAAUCCGCAGUCUACCAAUCGAUGAUUCACAUGAGCGUAUGUAUGUGUGCGUGGGUGCGUGUGUGCGUUUGUUUCUGUAGCAGUUUCUCAACGAACACUGCCUGUUAUAAUGUUAUUAAUAUAAAGAAACAGAAAAUGCAAAAAAAUAUAGACGCAGAGGACACGAGAGCGUCGUAGGAAUCGCAGACUUUUUUGAAUCUCGUCGUGAAACCGUAGAUACCGUCGUUCGUUAGAAUACAUUGUACACCGUAUCUCCAGAAAGAAGGGGAACAAGAUCGUUUGCUGGCCGCGUUCUGUUCAAGAUCACACGUGCGAUGGUAAGCGCCACCUGAUGGGUUUCUUUCCUUUCGCGAAAGCACGCGAAUCGCGAACAACAUACUUAACCAAAAUAGAAGCGAAGACUUCUCAAAAGAGAGAUACGAGAGGACAGGUACGCUAUUCGAAGCGUACAUCGCCCUCGAAAACUCGCGUUUAGUUGCUGCUGGCGUUUAGGCGGUGGCACGUUUCAGAUGAUGCAUUUUACGGUGAUUCGCGGACAGGCACAAACCAGCGUUGGGUAAAAUUUAAUCCACGAUUACGUUUACCGCGUAAUCGGGAAUUGUGAUCGAUUGUUAAUACUUUGAGUGCUGAGGAGGAAAUACAUUUUUCCUAUCGUGAACUCUGUCAAUUGAAUGUACAAUGUGUAACUACGUUAUAAUUGUAAUUCUUUUAAGCCAAAUUAAAUCACACGAAAUACUUAUUUUUAAACAUUCAUUAUUUUAUUAAUCAUAUUAAAAUGUAAUAUAAAUUUUAACUUGAAAAUAUAUUGACGAAUUUAAAUAUUUUAACGUAAUAAAUAUAACUGAAAGUAUGGAAAAGUUUAUAUUUAUAUUUUAAACAACAUAAUUGUGUCUCGAGCAUGCGGGAGAUCAAAAAGGUUAACAAACGUAUGUAUGCGUCCAUAGCCCACACUGAUAGCUUUCAUUGGACGCAUAUUUGCGACCACAGCACUCGAAGGGUUAACGAAUGAUCAGGCACGAUUUGCUUUGCAAUAUUACAAAGUACUGAUUUAUAAUUGCAGAUUGCAAAUGUAGUUUACGAUUACCGAUUGAUCCGUCAAUCACGAGUGAUUAUCACGAAAGUAAUCACGAAGUAAUCGCUGCCCAACUCCGAUACGGACACCGGUCUGCCUGCGAAUCGAGCCCCCUCUUCCCACAAAAAAAAAACGAUACCGUAUUUUUCCCCGACGACCCGGACAUCUACAUACUCUUCUGUUUACUUUGUAUCUCCGUUUGUUUCUUUUCCUGUUUUUCUUUCUUCUUUUCUCUUCUUUUCUUUUUUUUAACUUGUCAUGGACUAGGAGAGCACAGACUGACAAAACGAAUCAAAGCGUUAAUGCGUUGAACCGAUUCACUUCGGCCCAGCGACCGACUUGCUGGCCUCUCUUUUACUUUUUAAGCCUAGGUUACGUAAUGGUGACGGUUACGAGAACCGUGGAAGCGUCCGGAAACGCGGAUCGCCGGACCUUUGGAUGCUCGUUCGCGUCACUCCGCGAUUAGGUGGCUACGCGUCGACGAGGCGACGUGGAAAUUCCUUCGUUCCUGCCUCCUUUCCACUUCGUCGUGGUUAUACGCGAUGCACAAAAGAAAAGCGUGGUGGAAAGAAAAUCGGUUCGCGAGACAAGGCGUGUCUCCUUCCCGCCGGAAAAAUCGUCUAAUCACCUUGACGCGAAGAUCGUUCGGGAAACGUAAUAGGUAAUAUUGAUUUCUAAGAAUAACUAUAUCGAGAGACAGGAAAUAUUGACUACUCUAGGUCACUUCCCCCGCUAUCGUUGGCAGCUGAGACGAGUACCUCUGAAAGGUACACGCGGUUCAAUUAUUUUGUCCAUACUAAAGUAAUUAUUAUUAUUAUUAUCGUUACUAUUAAACAAUGUACAUGUAUUGUAUACAUGAAAACAGAGGCAGCUUAUCAACUUAACCUCGAAUUUAUUAUACAAAUAUAAAGAAACACGAACAGACAAGGUCGGACAACCACUCAAAUUCGCGAUCAGAAGCCGAGCUUAUUAAUUUGUAUGUUUCUUCAGUUUGAAGAAUCCAUCGAUUCGUAUACCUUGAUCAUCUCGGUAAACUUCUAAGAGCAUUUUACAUGCCGGAUACAUAAAUUGAACGCCAACGGAUCAUUUACAGUCUCCGCAAUUGAAAUUUAGCGCGCACUAGUUUAUGUGUCUAUCAAAGACACGUCCGAACGUUCCGAAUGAACAGUUUCGAUGAAACAAGUACUUACAAAUGAAUAUAAGAAUCAUUUUUGUUUCCGCUGUUCCUUCGUGUUUUCCUUAACACAUUGUACGCCGACCUUCGCUGUCGCGGAAUUUCCAGUCUAUCGUUCUAAAUGUAUACAGGUUUUAUGCGUUGGUAUGUAUGUAACUGUUGUCGUUUGUUUGUUUUUUUCUGCAUUUGUUCUACUCCUUAAAGAAACAAGAUACAAACGGACAAAAUUUGUAUAUUUUAUUUCAUCUGCUUUUAAACAUCUAAAGCUAGUGCCGGUACUCAGUCUUUCAGCGGUUGAUAUUUACUCGGUGUACAAUGUGUUCAGAAAAUGAUAAAAUUUAACGCAAUGCUUAUUUAACUAGAUGUAUUGUAAUCAUUUUAGAACGGCGAUAUACAUAAUAAGGGCUGAUUUUUUGUCGUAGAGAAAAUCCUUGGAAGAAUCACUGAUGUUUUGGGAUAAAGCCGGGGAUAGCGUGGGAUUCUGUGCACUGCCUAACCACUAAAAUCUUUAUCGUGUCCCUGGAAACGUCAAUGAUACGUUGUUCAGUGUUUUCCCUCGCACACCUGCGCCAAUCCAGUGGUUUAACCCUUUGCGCUCGGGUGGCGCCUGUAGGGCGACAUAUGUAAUUUAAGAGCGAUUUUGUGAACGUACAAUUUGAAAUUCACAUACAUCAGAAUACAACUGAUUAUUAAUUGAAAUAAUAAUACAUUGAGGCAUGAGCGUUCGUAGAUGUUUUUCUUCGAAGUAGAGUUUUUGGUUUCACAGAAAUUUAUUAUAAAAAUGGACUGGAUUUGAUUCUAUAGAAAAAUGCCUCGAGCGCAAAGGGUUAACAACCAUUUCCGUUCUAUAGCUCUCCUUCAUCUUGACGACGGGACGAGAACUCUCGGGCUGUGUGCAAUGAUGUUUUCGUGAAGUAUACCGUAGCAUUCGUUUGAAAUUUACUUCUCCAAUUUACUAAGAACAUCUGAAUGUAGUAAACGCGAAAGAGGCACGGAAAGGUCAAGUUUACGUUUUAAGAGAGUUGAUAAAUUACGCUGAUCGUGUUGGUCCAAGUGGCUGAAUUGGCUGAAAAUGCAGUUCGUGAUGACAAGAAAACCAGAAUCAUUCCGAGGCAUCAGAACUUGCCAUCCGUAAUGACGAGAAAUUGAACAAAUUGCUUGCUGGCGUAAGCGUUGCUCAAGGUGGUAUAUUACCGAACCUACAAGCCGUUUUGUUGCCGAAGAAAACCGAAAAGAAAGCUUAACACAUUAAUACAAAUAGCAAGCACCACCAAACGAUCGUCUACGGCCUAUUGUGAGUGUAAAGCAGCGGAGAAACGGGCAUUCUCCUAACACUGUUGCGGUUAUCGGUCGUUAGGACAAUGAUGGAGGACAAACAAUCUCAAAUGGACUCGAGCUACGGGUUUGAUGUAACAAGCAGAGCGUAUAUUGGGUUCGGUACCUUGUUGUUGUCUUAUGCAUUAGUAACAUUGAAUCCGAGAGCAACACUCCUUGCAAUUGCACAUGACUAGAGUUUUACGGGGGCUCCAAGUACUUGCCUCAAUGAAAUAUGAUAAUAGAGAGGGCUAGUUUCUCCUUUCUCGUUUUU